AACUCCCCUUUUUCGACUCGAACAACCGCCGUUACUCCACUGCAGUCUGCCGCUGGUCUUCCAUCUCAAAAUCCCAGCCGUGAGUACAGAGAGAUGGCCAUCGGGAAGGGCAACAAGCUUCCGCAGGCGGCGGCCAUCAAGCAGAUGCUGAAGAGGUGCUCGAGCCUGGGGAGGAAGCAGGGCCUGGACGAGCAGCUGCCGGGGGACGUGCCCAAGGGCCACUUCGCGGUGUACGUGGGGGAGAAGCGGAGCCGCUUCAUCGUGCCCAUCUCCUACCUGAAGCGGCCCGAGUUCCAGAGCCUCCUCCGCCAGGCCGAGGAGGAGUUCGGCUUCGACCACGACAUGGGGCUCACCAUCCCCUGCGAGGAGGUCGUCUUCCGUUCCCUCACCUCCGUGCUCCGGUGAACGCCUCGCAGGCCGAAGCACCACCACCGACUGCCGGUGUUCCUUGUUUCUUUUUGUUCCCAAACCCCACAUGUACUGCUGUGGGUUGGACUUGUAGAUCUUAGAGCGGCCUGCGUCACGCGCCCCCCGGUGAAAAGUGACUCGACUAGAACAAGGGAAAACAGGGCUCCUUCCCCUGUUCGUAUGCAUCUCUCCUUUCUCAGAUGCACUGUUCUCGCAUUUUACUGCGUGAAGAAUUCAUAAACUCAAAUCACCUGGUGAACAAGAGAUCAUAGAAGCUUUUGCCAGAAGAUGGGCUACAUAGGAUAAACAAAUGCAUUCGAUCCUGCAAUCAUGCUGAUGACAAAGAAGAGGUGUUAAUAUGGUGCAAGCUUGAGAGCUUUCGAACUUUGGCAUCAAAACUGUCGAGCAGUAGUAACACAUGUAACUUCUCAGUAAGUUUGCACAAGAAAUCUCUUUCUGCUGGACAAAAGUCUUUUACAGGCACAAAGAAGUCAACCAGACAAUCCAAAUCGUCAAUCUCAUACCCUCCA